AUGGAUACCGGAAGCGAGGUGGCACAGGUUGAAUGCACCGAUGUUCCCCAGAGUGAACCGAUCAGCGAGGACCAAGUCCCCAACAAUGCUGGCGGGUUCGUCUAUACGAUAGACGACUUCUCCAGACUAAAGCGCUUUGUCAUCCUCGGAAGCAAUGCCAACAAUUACUACGUCUCAAGCAAGGAUUUGGGACUGGAGAACUGCGAGUGCGUUCUGAAGCUGCUUGCAGAGGGACAUGGCGUGCGGGUGGUGGAGGAGGUGACUCGCAUCUCCCGAGAAGGCCGAGCCCCGCGCCAGUCCACAGGGAUCAUGGUCCUGGCCAUAUGUGCGCGUCUCGGUGACCUCGCCACCCGCCGGGCUGCACUGGCGGCUCUGCCCGCGGUCUGCCGUACGGCCUCCACCCUGUUCGAGCUGGUCCAGCGCUGCAAGGAGCUGGGGCCCGUGGUGAGGGCGACACGGGCCAGCUGGGGACGCUCCAUGCGGCGCGCCAUUGCGCUGUGGUACUUGGAAAAGUCAUCGGCCGCCGUUGCGUAUCAGGCGACUAAGUACAGCCAACGAUGCGGCUGGAGCCACGUAGAUCUGCUCCGCCUCGCACAUCCCGAUCCGGAAGAGCAUGCCGCUAAGCGCCACAAGCUGCGCCUGGCGGCGGCGGCGGCGGCGGCGGCGGGGCAGGGCGGCGGCGCCACCGCCGCCAUCGAAGCUGCCUGCGCCGCCGCAAUCGAGCAGGCGGUGUCACUCAUCCGGCGACACCGCUUCGGACACGAACACGUGGGUGACACGGCGCUGCUGCGGGCUCCGGAGUUGUGGGCCGCGUUUCUGGAAGUGGGCAUGCCGCUGACGGCUCUGGUACGCAACUUAGGCCGCAUGACCCAGAUGGGCCUCAUGGAGCGACCGGACUGCCUAGAAGCCGUCACGCGGCGCCUGCGGGACGGGCGCGCUCUGGCGGCAGCGCGUGUGCAUCCGAUGACCCUCUUAGAGGCCAUGUGCACGUACCGGGCCGGUGCAGGCGCGCGCGGGGUGACAUCAUGGAAGGCCAAGGCGGAGGUCAAGCAGGCGCUGGAGGAGGGCUUUUACCUGUCGUUCAAGAAUGUGACUCCCACCGGUCAACGCUACCUGAUUGGGAUGGAUGUGUCGGGCUCCAUGUGCUGUGCUUGCGCCGGCAUGACAUCCGUGACUUCGCGGGAGGCGGCUGCGGCGAUGGCCAUGACGUUGGUGCGGACGGACCCAUGCAAGACGAUGGCAUUUUCGCACCAACUGGUGCCCCUGGAGCUCCAGCCCAAUCAUCGGCUAGAGGAAGUCGUGUCCCGCGCCGCGGCCAUCCCAAUGGGCGGUACUGACUGCGCGCUGCCCAUGCUGUACGCCCUGGAGCGCAAGCUGCCCGUGGACGUGUUCGUUGUGCUAACUGACAACGAGACCUGGUUUGGGAAGGUCCACCCGUCGGAGGCUCUGAAGCGCUACCGGGCGGCCAUGGGCCUGCCGGCUAAGCUGGUCGUGCUGGCGUUCAGCGCCACAAACUUCAGCAUCGCGGACCCUCGGGACGCUGGCAUGCUCGAUGUGGCGGGGCUGGACAGUGCGGUGCCGCAGAUCGUGGCAGACUUUGCAGCGGGUAGGGUGUAGGCUAACGCGGGGUAGCGUGUGGGCCCCCUUAAUGGCGGGAAGGGUGUAGACUUUUGGAAUACGUGGAGGAUACCGGAUAUUGUAAGGGGGUUUGCGUUGUUUUUGAUGGUGCAAGUGUAAGGCAUCGUGGCGAGUUGGUCGCAAAGCAGGCGAGGGGAUUUCGAGGAGUUACGCUUUUUGUCUGUCUCUACGGAGAAAGAUUUCGAAGCCACAAACACGAUGAUGCCAUGGCGUCUUGAUAGACCUAAGUUUCGACUUCUAUCGUCACGCCGUUUUGUUCGAUUAUAACGAAGCGUGCUGUCGGUUUGCGACGGGUAUGAUUUUCACUUGAGGAAGCGCUACCAUUAAAUGCUGGAAGCUUGGAACGGAAGCGUUUUGCGUUUUAAAUCGUCCGGUUUUUUUUGUAAGGGCUUGCACGCCCGUCGUACUGGGAAUGCGCGUGGGAGGUCGUGUAAGUUGGGAUGACGGGUGGGGCGCGGCAGGGUGGAAGGAUUGCAGAUGGGAACAGUUACCGGAUACGCGGAAGUCGUGACAUGGUCCAGGUCGUAAAGCGGUGUAGUCCACAUGUUGAACAGGAUCAGUGGGCAUAACCGAAGAUCUUCACCGUUUUUUGUUUAUGGCGCAGCUGUUGCCAUCCAUCAGCUUUGGGCAGUGUGGGUUAAAAUGGUAAGGCCUUUGUGUGUAAGAUCUGAUUCAUCAU